CCUAAGUCGCCUUAAUUCAAUAUUUCUUAUACUUUAAGCUAUUUCAACUUCCCUCAACUCGCCAUCUACAUCGACCCGCCAUUACUGUACCCGGAGGGCUUUGACACUCAGACAAAAGAUGGCUUCUCUCCGGUCCCAGGCGACGGCAGCGACGCUGUUACGGAGUGCGCGGUUGGUCCCGAGCAGACAAGCUCUGGCGAUGGCGCAGAGACGAUUCAAAUCCGACGACCCGACGACAUCCCUCACCAAAUCCGACCAACCCACUCUUCCCGUAGAGAAACCCCGCAAUGCGCCUGAUUACGGUGUCCACAUCGACAGGGCGACAUCCACAUUCACUCCAGUACCGAAGCAAGUAAUGGACGGCAGCGAAGAUCACGAUAUCCUCCCAGCGGCCGUGCUUUCCGGCGCUCCGAUCGAGCUACAGGCCAGAGCUGUCCGCAUUUACCAACCUAGCAAGCCCGCCACGCAGUCCGGAACCUGGGGCGCUCAUCACUGGAGGAUGGAUUGGGACAUUCUGUCCAAAGGCCACCGAUGGGAGAACCCCUUGAUGGGAUGGCAAUCGUCCGGCGACUUCAUGCAAGGCACCAAGCUAGAGUUUAAGAGCAAGGAAGAUGCCAUCGCUUUCGCCGAGAAGCAGGGCUACGAAUACUUCGUACAAGAGCCGAACGAGCGGGCUUUCACACCUAAAGCCUAUGCCAACAAUUUCUUAUAUUCGCCCAAGAAGCUUAAGCACAUCCGAACUAAAUAGAUCCACGGCAAUGGAGAAUAUGAAUGAACUUGGGGAAAACAACA